AUGGCAAUUGGUGAUGGACUAAUCGAUCCAUAUAAUCAAUGGGAUUAUGGAUCAGUAUUCUAUCAGUUUGGUUUAAUUGAUGAACAACAAUUGGAACGUGUUAAUUUACAAUCUUCAUUAGCAAAACGUGCAAUUGAAUUAAAACAGUAUUUAAUAGCUUAUGAAUUAUUUAGUAAUUUAUUGGAUGUAUUUUUUCCUGAAAAAACAGGAUUACAUGAUGUCUAUAAUUAUUUAUUAACUCAAAUGCCAGAAAAAUUUAAUUAUUAUAUUCCAUGGGUAACAGCUAGUGAAAAUCGCUUUAAAAUCCAUGUUGGAAAUCUACGUUAUAAUGAUGGUGAUGUAGUUGGUAUUGCUCUAGCUAAUGAUAUGAUGCAAACAAUCGUCAGCAAAGUUGCUGACAUUGCAAAUAAUAAUUAUAAAAUUUUAAUCUACAAUGGUUUACUUGAUAUUAUUAUAGCAUCCUCAUUAACAAUGGACUGGGUUGAUAAACUUGAAUGGAAAUAUGCGAAUGAACUUCGCAAUGCUGAACGAAAAGUAUGGAAAGUUAAAGAAGAUGAUAAAGAAGUUGCUGGCUAUAUUAAACAAGCAAAUUCAUUUUUUCUUGCUUGGAUUCGAAAUGCUGGUCAUAUGGUACCUGCUGAUCAACCAAGAGCUGCAUUUGAUCUUAUUGAUCGAUUUAUAUCAGCUUAA